AGGAAACUAAAUAAAAAUCUUUAAAAAUAUAAAUAAAACUCUUUAUCGGAAAUAGUAAAAUUAAAGGAAGCUAUGCUAUAAUAAAUUACAACGGUAAAGUAAAUAAUAGAUCCGUUGCUUUUUUUGGGGGUAGAUAAAUAUUUUAUUAUGGUAGAGUAAAAAAAGCAAAACAAAUUUUGAAUCUUCUCAUUUCUCAGUCUCUCUCACUCUCUGUUCCCAUUCUUUCUUUCUCUCCUCUCUCGAUGGAUCUCGGAUCUUGCAAGCUGUAUCGUUAAGGAGAGCUCCAUCACGGACAGCCAUUGUCAUGGUACAGAGGAGAAACUGUUAAACCCACCUGAUGUUGACGUACAAUGGUGAACGCUUCUGGAAGCCCAUUUGUGGAAAGCCUGUCAAUGCUCUGCAGGUGGAGGCAUGAAGGGAUUAUUCGGCAAGGUAUCUCUCUGCAGAAUAAGUUGGCUCGUAUAUACAGUGUUGUGUCAAGGGUUUAAGAUUGGGAACCGAUCAAGUGAGUUUCAUCCUGAAGUCAGAAGAGUAAGGAGAGAGUGUUCCUUUAUAUAUGAGGAGUUAAUGCCCACCGUAGGAACUGAUGUCAAGGUGUACACAGUGGGUCCUGAAUACGCACAUGCUGAAGCAAGAAAGUUGCCUGUUGUUGAUGAUGUUGUCAUGAGGAAGACUUGCCCUUAUGUAAAACAGGUAGUAGAAGUUUAAUAUUGUUUAGUGUAAAACCUAAUAAAACAUAUUGUCAAUUAAUUGAUAUUUAGGAAUAAUAUGUUUGUCUUGUUUAUACACUUAUGUUCAGCUUUCUAAUUACUGAUGUUUGCAUCAUCUGCAUGCAGGUGGAAGACUUUGUAGUAUUUUUUAA